CGAACAGCCACCAUCGGCCUUUUACCAAACGGCAACAGCAACACUGUAAUUAGAGGCCUCGGCGUUUACAAGACUUCAUAGAACUAAAUAAGGGCUCACAACUUUCUCAUUUCUUGCGCGCGAACACUCACAGUCUCACGCAGAGAGAGGAGAGAGAAACAAGGUCAUCGGAGUUGAGGGAGAAAGAUGAGCAUAUGGAACUACGUCGUCACGGCUCACAAGCCUACGAAUGUCACACAUUCCUGUGUCGGCAAUUUCACCAGUCCUCAAGAGCUCAAUCUUAUUGUCGCUAAAUGCACAAGAAUUGAGAUUCACAUGUUAACUCCUCAAGGUCUUCAGCCCAUGCUGGACGUUCCAAUAUAUGGAAGAAUUGCAACACUUGAACUUUUUCGACCGCAUGGUGAAACACAAGAUUUCUUAUUCAUUGCAACAGAAAGAUACAAAUUUUGUGUUCUCCAAUGGGAUCCUGAGACAUCCGAGCUCGUGACCAGAGCAAUGGGAGAUGUUUCGGAUCGCAUCGGUCGUCCAACUGACAAUGGUCAGAUUGGCAUCAUUGAUCCUGACUGCAGAUUAAUUGGGCUCCAUUUAUACGAUGGGUUAUUCAAGGUUAUCCCAUUUGAUAACAAAGGACAGCUGAAAGAAGCUUUUAAUAUCAGGCUUGAGGAGCUUCAAGUGCUUGACAUAAAGUUUCUAUAUGGCUGUUCUAGACCUACAAUUGUAGUUCUAUACCAGGAUAAUAAAGACGCUCGUCAUGUAAAAACAUACGAGGUUUCAUUGAAGGACAAAGAUUUUGUCGAGGGGCCAUGGUCCCAGAACAAUCUUGAUAAUGGGGCGGAUUUGCUUAUUCCAGUUCCACCACCAUUUUGUGGGGUUAUCAUUGUGGGGGAGGAGACAAUUGUAUACUGCAGUGCCACAGCAUUUAAAGCAAUCCCCAUCAGACCUUCCAUUACAAGAGCCUAUGGAAGGGUGGAUGCUGAUGGUUCCCGGUAUUUGCUCGGUGAUCAUGCAGGACUUUUGCAUCUGCUUGUUAUCACUCAUGAGAAAGAGAAAGUUACUGGCCUGAAAAUAGAGCUUUUGGGGGAGACAUCUAUUGCAUCAACAAUAUCGUACCUGGAUAAUGCAUUUGUUUUUAUUGGCUCAAGCUAUGGAGAUUCACAGCUCAUAAAACUAAAUUUACAACCAGAUGUUAAAGGAUCGUAUGUAGAAGUCUUGGAAAGAUAUGUCAAUUUGGGUCCAAUUGUAGACUUCUGUGUGGUUGACCUUGAGAGGCAAGGGCAAGGCCAGGUUGUAACUUGUUCUGGAGCAUACAAGGAUGGUUCUCUUCGUAUUGUUCGUAAUGGGAUUGGGAUAAAUGAACAGGCAUCAGUGGAGCUGCAAGGCAUCAAGGGAAUGUGGUCCUUGAGGUCAUCGACGGAUGAUGUAUAUGAUACUUUCUUGGUCGUUAGUUUCAUCAGCGAGACCAGAAUUCUAGCUAUGAAUCUUGAGGAUGAAUUGGAAGAAACUGAAAUUGAAGGGUUUGACUCACAAGUGCAGACUUUAUUUUGCCAUGAUGCUUUGUACAACCAACUCGUGCAAGUCACCUCAAGCUCAGUCAGACUGGUCAGUUCGACAUCAAGAGAACUUCGAAAUGAGUGGAAAGCCCCAACAGGAUAUUCUGUAAAUGUUGCUACUGCUAAUGCAUCCCAGGUUCUUCUUGCCACUGGUGGUGGGCAUCUUGUUUAUUUGGAAAUUGGUGAUGGAAUUUUGACGGAAGUGAAACAUGCACAGUUGGAGUAUGAGAUAUCAUGUCUUGACAUAAAUCCCAUUGGUCCAAAUCCAAAUUUUAGUCAGCUAGCUGCUGUUGGAAUGUGGACAGAUAUAAGCGUUAGGAUAUUUUCGCUUCCAGAUCUUAAUCUAAUCAUCAAAGAGAAUCUCGGGGGAGAAAUAAUUCCUCGCUCUGUUCUUCUAUGCUCUUUUGAAGGAAUAUCGUAUUUAUUGUGCGCUCUUGGAGAUGGCCAUCUCUUGAACUUUAUAUUGAACAUGAGUACUGGUGAACUGACUGACCGGAAGAAGGUGUCUCUGGGUACACAACCUAUUACACUCAGGACAUUCUCAUCUAAGAAUGCUACUCAUGUAUUUGCCGCCUCUGAUCGGCCAACUGUUAUAUACAGCAGCAACAAAAAGUUGCUUUACAGUAAUGUAAAUCUCAAGGAAGUUAGUCAUAUGUGCCCUUUCAAUUCAGCAGCUUUUCCUGACAGCCUUGCGAUCGCAAAAGAAGGUGAACUCACAAUAGGCACCAUUGAUGAUAUUCAGAAGCUUCAUAUUCGAUCUAUUCCUCUGGGAGAACAUGCUCGGCGUAUCUGCCACCAGGAACAAACUCGCACUUUUGCCAUUUGUAGUUUGAAGUACAACCAAGCUAGUGCGGAGGAAUCUGAAAUGCAUUUUGUACGCUUGUUGGAUGACCAAACCUUUGAGAUCAUAUCUACUUAUGCACUUGAUACCUAUGAAUGUGGUUGCUCCAUACUGAGUUGCUCAUUCUCAGAUGACAUCAAUGUUUACUACUGUGUUGGAACAGCAUAUGUUUUACCUGAGGAAAAUGAGCCAACCAAGGGAAGAAUUCUGGUUUUUGUUGUUGAAGACGGAAAGCUGCAACUCAUUGCUGAGAAGGAAACUAAAGGUGCAGUGUACUCACUUAAUGCCUUCAACGGCAAGCUGCUUGCUGCCAUCAAUCAGAAAAUUCAGCUUUAUAAGUGGAUGCUUCGGGAUGAUGGAACUCACGAGUUACAGUCUGAAUGUGGACACCAUGGGCACAUUCUUGCCUUGUAUGUCCAGACUCGUGGUGAUUUCAUUGUUGUUGGGGAUCUGAUGAAAUCAAUUUCUUUACUAAUAUACAAGCAUGAAGAAGGUGCUAUUGAAGAGCGUGCACGGGACUACAAUGCUAAUUGGAUGUCAGCUGUAGAGAUUCUUGAUGAUGAUGUGUAUCUUGGUGCAGAAAAUAAUUUCAAUCUAUUUACUGUGAGGAAAAAUAGUGAAGGUGCGACGGAUGAGGAGCGUGCACGGCUUGAAGUUGUUGGGGAAUACCACCUUGGAGAAUUCAUCAACCGUUUUCGUCAUGGUUCUCUGGUUAUGAGGUUGCCAGAUUCAGACAUUGGUCAAAUACCAACUGUGAUAUUUGGAACUGUUAAUGGUGUAAUAGGGGUAAUUGCCUCCCUUCCGAAUGACCAGUACAUCUUCCUUGAGAAGCUGCAGUCAAACAUGAGGAAGGUUAUAAAGGGUGUAGGAGGACUGAAUCAUGAGCAUUGGCGGUCCUUUCACAAUGAGAAGAAGACAGCAGAUGCGAGAAACUUCCUUGAUGGAGAUCUUAUUGAAUCUUUCCUUGAUCUCAGUCGCGGUCGUAUGGAAGAGAUUUCUAAAACAAUGGGUACUUCAAUAGAGGAACUUAGCAAGAGAGUUGAGGAGUUGACCAGAUUGCACUAAUCAAGUUGAUCAUCCUAAAUUUCACUCUUAUUCUGCUACUUUUGGUCUUUUACAAGUUUUGUUCAGUUUUUGUCCCAUUGGCGUAUGACUUAAGCUGCUUGCAUUCGAGUUCAUUUUCCCUGUAAUUUAUUAAUAAACAAACUAGUCUUUCAUCCACCAUACUUGUCAGCCCUUGUUUGCCUGCUCAUCAUACUUCUUCUGUAUCUCUUGUAUGUUCUUCAAGUAGUACAUGUACAACUUACAUUUCAAAAUUCUGCUGUGUAUUGGAAAACAAAACAUUUCUACCCUUCUUUUCUGCGUUGGAAAAGAGGUCAUUUUUUUUGCCCA